CCCCCCCAAACCUUCCUCACCUGGACUUUCCUUCCCCCAGGGACUUUCAGGAUAGUGGGGGUGGAGAGGUGGGUCGUCGUCCUCGAAGACCAAGCUGCCGACGUAGGCCCCCGGCCAGGUAUGGUGAGUGGGUGGCUCAUUAAGGACAAUUGAUGCACAGUUCCAAGGGUUAAAGGACAAUUCCCAGUGUUAAAAGAAGAAGAAUGAGGGGAAAUGUCUUGUACUGUUUGCUACUGUUGGAGCUAAUCGUCAUUUUAUAUGUUAACUACAUUUAUAAAAAAAAAGAAACUUGAGGAGUAGGCCUAUUUGUUUGAUAAUAAUUAUCCACCGUGAUACAACUGUAUUUUUCUGUUGAAGGAACACCUUUAUGCCUGUAUAGUAAGUGUUAUUAAUGCCUUCUCCAGGGUUUAUAAUGCAAGGCUGUGAUGUGUGCACCCUAUAAGAAAGAUUGCUACAUGUUCAUAUUUGCACUGAGAAACUGCACCUUUUGCUAUUUCCCGCCUACAAUGGACUGUAAAUACACUGGUUACACAAAAAAAAAAAGAGGAAAUGAAAAUGUUGAUGUGUAUCAUUGUGCUGGAGUGGAAUUAUGGGGAAAUGCCAUCCAGAGUGGGGGUAGUGUUAUACGAGUGGUGUAGUGUCUUUAAGAAAUAUCCCAGUGCAUAGGAAGUGCGCAUGACACAUGUGUAUGGUCGAGCGAGAGAGCGGUUAGCUGUAACAGUAAGAGUACAGUGUAUGUACAGUUUGAGCUGUUCUGACAGAGAAUAAAUGCUGCAACUCCUCAAGAUUGAAGCUGAGUUCCCGUUUCUUGCUUGCUACCUGUUGAUAAAGUGGAGGGAGUUAACUCCGAAGUUAGCGGUGACUUCGGCCCUGGAGUAGUAAACAAGUCUCCCCUGUGCUUCCCGACCACGGUCUGGACGCUGAAGCAGGAAAGUGGCAGGAAGUUGUCCAGAUAUCCGCAGGGCCUCUGAAAAAAAGAGCGAGUGAACAAAGUGGGCUGGGUGGUGGAAUUGGAAGGUGUUGGUGGUGGCGGUGGUGAUGGAAUUGGUUGACUUCACUCAGAGUUAACUGUUCACUGUGAGCAGCAGGACUGUAGCUACACCACAGAGCUACAGAUUUACAACCGUCCAAAAAAACGCUGUGAGCUACUGCAGUGUCAGAGGCAGUUUAUGGUUUAGUGGUACCAAACAGCUAGACUGGACUGCUGAUCUGUGUGAGCGGAGAGAAGGAAAGGCCCACAGUUUAUGACCUGAAGAUGUUGGCACUGAGGACGUUUGUUCUGCUUGGACUGAGCUGGACGUGUCAAGCUGCACCUGUUGAUUCGUGGGGCCAAUGUCCUGUCAACCGACAGUGUAAGGAAAAGUUUGGGAACGGAUUAUGUGACAAAGAAUGUACGGAGCCUGAAUGUCUCCGAGACGGCUUCGACUGCCGGAAGGACAGGGGCCUGUGCAAUCCGGGCCACAUCCAGUACUGUCGCGAUCACUACGCCAACUCCCACUGCGAACAGGGAUGUGACAGUGCCGCCUGUGGAUGGGAUGGCAGCGACUGCUUCACACAUCAGAGCUCUAUAUGGGCUAAAGGCACGAUAGUGCUGCACACCAAAAUCCCACGACAUCGUGGCACUUUCUCCAAUAGCUCCCUGCUCUGGGCGCUUAGUGUGCUCCUCCAGACACCACUCAAACUGAGAGGCUCAGCCCCCCUUAAUACUAACAAGGACUUGUUUGAUUUUGACCCUCAGCAGCUCACCGACCUGCUGGCUCAAGCAUCACCAGCUGCCUCAAAUGGCUCCCUCCUUUUCCUCCAAGUGGACAACAGGCCAUGCUCCCGUCUUCCCUCUACCUGUUUCCCCUAUGCCACCGAGGCUGCCAGUUUCCUUCGUGCCGUAAUGUCACUGAAGCCUGACUCGUUCACCAACCUCCCAGAGCUGAAGGCCGUCAUCAGUAUAAGAGGUGUCCGAGAGGAAAUAGGAAGCAGAGAGGAGGAAAUGGUGAAAAAGGAAGUCAAAGAGCCGACCCCUGUGUGGCUGUGGGCUGUGGUUGCCGUAGCAAUAGGCCUGCUGCUGGUGCUGGCCCUGGUGGUGCUCCUAGUGGUGAGGAGGGUGAGGCAGCAGCGGGCGGAGAGAGAGAGCAGUAAUAGGGUGAGACACAGGUUCACAGUCCCUGACAACGACAGCAAAUCCAAGGCCUGGCCACCGCACAUAGCCCAACAAGAACAGAGGGUCAGAUCCAGCAGGGAGAAAGAGAAAAUCAGCUUGAGGAAAAAGAAGAAAGCAAAGGAAGCAGAGAAGAAGAGGAGGAGGGAACCACUUGGGGAGGACGCAAUUAGAAUGCGACCUCUCAAAAGGGACCAGGACAUAGGAAGUGACACAGACUUUACCCAGAGUUCAAUGGAAGAUAUAAAUGCACGGUGCUCCAGGCGACAGGAGGAUGCCUCCAUCUGUGACCACAGGAACCAGGAGCAAAAACACUUCCGGGUUGGAACUUCACAGCCCCGCAGGCCUAUACAACCUCCACCUAGAGGAUGGGAGAGAAACGCCAUGCCUCCUCCAUUGCUCAGUCCUCCUCAACAGUCGGCAGAGUGGUGUGGCCCGGAUGGGUCUGUAGUUCUGAUCCGAGCGGUCCGUAGCGGGCUGGACAGAGUGGUCUUGGAGCUGCUGAGAGCAGGAGUGCCAGUUAACAACACUGAUCAUACUGGGAGAUCAGCCCUCCACUGGGCAUGCUCAGUUAACCACCUCUCCCUUACAAGGACUCUCAUACGCUAUGGGGCCGCUGUGGACCUGCAAGACAACAAGGGUGAGACAGCGCUUUUCCUCUCCGCCCUCCAUGGCUGUUAUGAUACCUCCAGACUUCUCCUCCUUCACGGUGCCAACCUUGAGCUGCAUGACCGCAGAGGACGUCGUCCGAUCGACGUGGCCAGAGAGGGCAUGCGUCACCAGGUACUGGAACUCCUUUUAGCCCACCAAAUCCAGAGAGGGCCUGUUCCCGUGGACUCGGCUAAUGACAUGAUGUGGGAGGAGCGUACUCUGAUGUACUCGCCAUGGGUCGGAGCACAAGGCCUGCCCGGAAGAAGCGCCUCCUUCUCUGGGAUCAUAGCCCAUCGAGAUGUAACCCCACCACCACAAAGUGAUUGGUCGAUGGGCAGAGUGCAAUACCCCUCCCCUCAGAUCUGGCGACCACAGCUCAACCAAUCAGCAACAGCGCUGGUCCCACCAAGAAUCAUGGGCCGCUCUCCACGCCCAAUCAGCACCUUACAGGAGGUUACCUCAGAAGAUGAGGAUCGGGAAAGGCAUCAUGAAGUUCCAAGAGCUGCGACGCCACACUUCCUGUCACCCCAGCCUGCUCCUCGGCAGCGUUCCUUUUCCUGCACCCAGCAUGCUUUGCAACGUCGCUCCAGUGCCCAUCAGCCAGAGCCCAAUUAUGGUAUUGUGACAGAAAGAACAGCCAAUGAGCACAUAGAAAGAAUGAUUGUUUCACCUCCCACAGAUGCUGCCGUCCAAUCAGAUCACCAGCCAGUUUUAAAUGGCGACAAUCCCAGUAGAGCAGAAACAGCAGCGGUGAGUUCCUCAAAUUCAGAGCAGAAAUCCAGAGGUGAGAGGUCAAACAACACGACUGACUCCACACAGACAGCCUUGUAGAGGGGAAAAAGCAAUACAAUUUCAGCUGCUUUUCCAUUCAGCCAAUAAAAAUAGUUUUGAUGAACAUGUGAAUAAAAUAAUGACUUAUAUUAUUUUAUGAGAGCCACUGAGUAUAAAAUUGGCAUAAGGCACAAUUUCCUCUAAAGCCCAAUACAAAGCAGAAGGCUUACAAGGAGGCACAAAGCUGAAGAGGGUCCAAUCAUCAUUUACAUUUUGGGACCUUAAUUAUUAUCUAAUGUGCAUCUGUUUGGUAUUAUUUUUUAUAUUCCUGUCAAAUUAAUACACAGAGUCAAUUGGAGAUGUUCUUUCCUGAAUCAUCUUACCAGUUUUCGCUCAGCCUUGCCUAAAUUAUUAUGUUUUGUUUUGUUUUUGUUUUUGUUGGGAGGGCUGAUUAUAUUACUUGUAAAUUUUCUCUUACAAUGUACAGUCAAGUAUGUAAUAGAACAUGUCUGAGAUGAAUGCCAGUGAAACGUGAUGAAUGUCAAAGUCACUCUGAAAAUGAACUCCAGAAUAUUCACGUUGUCUUGAUAUAUAACGGGUUGUAUUCUGAUUAUUGCACAAAUUAUCAAGUAGAAAGGAUUAAAAAAUAAAUAAAUAAGAGUCAGAAUCCUUGCCGAUUCAUGCAAUAAAGUGACUUUUCAUGCAAAUAAUGAAUUUAAUGUAUUUUUAAAUUUAUUUUCAAAUUCUCUUCACUCACAUCAUACUACAAGUAUUUACAUUAUACCUGUAGAUAUUAAUAGAAGCUGAUCAGCUCUUUCAUCUGUAUCAAUAAACACUUCAUUUACUCACUUCUUUUUUUCAUCUUCAUUAAUAAAAAUGUACAGUGAUCAGGCAGCUUGAACAAAAGGAAAGGGAAUUGCAAAUCAGAAUAAUUUGUAAAAAUACAUCAAAUAAAUACUACCAAAAUACCUCACAAACAUUAGCAAUAAAUAAAUAAUAUAAACAGUAAAAGUGCAAAGAAUAAUAUAUGAAUAAAUAACAAUAAAUAGAAAAAAUUAAAUGCUAGAGAGGCUACCUGUGAUGUUUGGCAGGGCAAUUUUCAUGGUUCAGACAUUGUUUUUUACAGUUUAAUGCUCUCUAAGAAUCUUUGUAAUGAGAUCAUUCAAGUGCAGAAAUUUGGGGGAGACUUUGAAUCAUUUAUCUAUAUAUGCAAAAUCUGCCAAACAAUAUAGUUAAACUAGAAAAUGCAAUUUCUGUAGAAAUUGCAUGUGAUUGCUGAAAGCAGAUUCAGAUUGCAUAACAGGAAGCUGAAGAGUAUUGAAAAAUCUACCAAGAUUAAAAUUAGCAAAGGGUGGAAUUGAAUCUACACCCUCAUGUUUGUAAGACAGACAUGCUAUGCAUUAAGCUAACAUAUCACACAGCAAUGCCAGGCCAGAUUUUGGUAUUUAGUCUGUCAAUUGCAUGAAUUUGACAAAAAAGCAGUUCAGUUCAGCUCAGCUCAGCUCAGCUAAUUAAGCAGAUUAACAUCAGCUGUGCACUCCUGCAUCCUUUGACUCUACUGAGUUCUGCCCUAAGUGGGACUCGAACUCACAACCUUUGGAUCUAAAAGGAGUUGAGAGGGGAUAUGAACUUAAACCACUGGACUACUUAGACUAGAUCUAGCAUUGGAAAAGAUGUAUUUAACAAGAAUAGCAAUCCACACUUAAGGUAAUAAUGUUAAAGUAAGCUAGAGAGGAAUUGAUUUAUGGCACAUGAUAGAGAUGGAAAGCAACAUUAUGAGUAGCACUGCAGUGAGCAGGUACUGAACACACAGCCUUGUCAUCUAAGGUGAAGCUGAUCAGAGAACAGUGUUCUAAACCACUGAGCCAACAGACAUUCACAAAAAUAAGAGGAAAAAAAUCUCCAUUUUGAUGAG